CACAUCCUGCUUGUUAAUAUUAAUGAGAAGAGGUCAGGGCGCCUCUGAUUGGCUCCCGAUCCCAGUUUCCAAGACAACCGAAACAAAACGAACAGUUUCAGACUACAGAAGGGCACGAGCCCUUUAGUUCUACACACAUUUGGGCUAUUCUUUUUCUAUUGAAAAUGGAUGGAGAGACAGGAAACCAGGUGAAGAAUGUUAGAGUGGUGCCAGCAGCAGAUUCCACCCAUGAGGAGGACAAUUGUGCUGUGACAGCUCAUGGAAAUAAAAAGGAAGAUGUCCAAGCUGAAAUGGUUGCAUCAGAUCAUGAUGAAGAAAACUCUGAAAGUGUGAACACCACUGAAGAAGAAGCGGCAGCCACCUCUGAGCCAGAGAAGACAAGUGAAGACUCGGAUGUGAAGACAAAUGAAGUCAGUGAACAGCAAACGUCCCACCAGGACAGUGCUGUUUUCCAAGUUAACAGCAGUGAUGGCGAUGGACCUCCCAGUCUGCAUCUUGAGACCCCGGAGAGACAGAACAGUAGUCCUACAGCGGCCGAAGAAGAGGACUCCACUGCUGAAGACAGCAGCUAUGAAGACAUUCAGCCGAAGCAGGAGCAGUGUGAGGACAGAGGUGAGCCCAGGCCCGGCCAACGCCACAGCCUGCUGCAGAUGAAGCUGGCAGAGUUCUUUCAGAAGAAGGCCGGGGACGCCCCCCAGCUGGACAGGGACGUCCCCGUGUCAGAGCAGGAGUAUGAGACGUACGUUAACCUCCUGACUGAGCUGAAGCAGCAGCUCAGCGCUGAUUCAGAGAGCGCUCAGCAGCAGGCAGAGGAGCUGAGGUUGAAGGCCCAACACAGGCUGGACAAGGUGGAACAUGAAUGGCGAGCGUUGGUGGCACUGAAGCAGGACGUAGCUGUGACAGUACUAAGCAGCCGCCUGGGUAAACAAGCUUCUCAGGCCAAAGUUGAGGCAACCUUAGCAACAGAGAAGCUUGUGCAGCACGAGCUGAUCAAGCUGCGCCGUAAGCACAUCAAGCUGAAGAUCAAGAUUCAGCGGCUGGAGGCAGAGCUCCGUGAAGGGGACGAACAUGCCAGGGACCCGUUACAGCUCCAGUUUGAGCAGCUGCAGGCUGAGAGGAUGGAGCUGAAGAAACACGCCAAAAAGCAAAAUGAGGAAUCUUUAAAGAUGCAGAAAAAGAUCAGCAGCAGCUUGGAGCUCCUGUCAAACGUCAAGGAGAAGCUGUUCUGGAGCCAGAUGGAGGUCCAGGCCAAGAGAGAGCAGCUGGCCACGAUGGAGGCCAUGGUGGCCAGGAAGAGGGACCUCCUUACCAGGACUAGGCAGGCACGCAACGGCCUGCAGAGAGACAACAUGAGGCUCAAGGAACACCGUGGACUUCUGGGGAACAGCGUGCUGCUACGGGACUUUGAGGAUACGGUGGAUGUCUCUGACCAGCUGGAGGAACAGCUGGAAGAUCUGAAGUGCCGGCAAGCUGAGAUGGUCUUCAGUUGUGGCAGGUGGAGGAAGUAGUUGGAGACAACUUAAUGAAUGAAUGAACAUAUGACUGAAUUAAGAUUUUAAGCUGCGAUCAGACUACACAAUAUCAGCCCGAAAAAAGCCAGAUUCAACAGAGUAGGGUCAUCAGGUCAUAGUAAAGCCAUUGCCUGUGGUGAAGAAUAAUGAAUAAUCCAUAAAUUGUUGUUUCUAGUUGGCAAAAACAAUUAUGUGGGUUGAGGUAUUCUUUCACCACAUUUUGAUAGCUGUGAAAAUAUAAUUGCGUCAUUAAUUGCACUUCAGCACAUUACAUUGAGCAGGAAUUCAUAUAAUUGUCCCAACCCACCAUAUUAUGACUAGAAGACAAAUGUCACAAAUGAAUCCAACCAUGGUCAGGACUACUUUACUAAGGCAGUAAUCACCGCUGCCCAACACUCUAUCUCAGUGAUCCCAAACGGUCGCCAGGGAGUACGUGGAAAGAUUAUGAAGAAGCUCAACAAAUUUGAAAAAAUUGAAAUUAUGAUUUGAUUAAUCAGCUGUAACACCUGAACACUACAUGUUGUGUAAGAGUGUGUGAAAACUAGCUAGAAAGUUUAAACCAUUUUAUUUCUAUGGUUUAAACAGGUAGCUAAAAGUAAUGAAUAU